GGACAAUUCAAUAACAGUGUCAGUGGAGCAUCGGUAGACGUUCAUAGAAUUACAACAUAAUGCCUUCUGGAGAUGGACUAAUAACUUUAAGAGAAAUUGAAGGUGCAAGGAAGAACUUAGCAGAAAGUGAUCUAGGCAUCAUCAAAACUCCAUUGCUGAAGCAUGUUACUGGAAUGUUUCCACAGCUGCCUAAAUCAGUAGAUUUAUAUCUAAAAUUGGAAAAUACACAAACAACAGGGUCAUUUAAAAUAAGAGGAGUUGCUAAUCAAAUGAAAUUCUUACCAGAUGAUGUCAAAAAUGGGGAAAGGAAAUUAAUAACAAUGUCAGCAGGGAAUUAUGGGAAAGCCUUUGCUUAUGCUUUGCAAAAACAUAAAUUAUCAGGAUUAUGUUUAAUGCCAAUUACAGCACCACAAAGUAGAGUGGAAUUAAUCAAGAAUCUUGGCUGUGUGGUUGAGACAUACCUACACAGUGAAAUCAGGCAUACAAUGAAACGUUAUGAACAAACACAUGGUUACCAUGUAUUGCAUUCAUUUGACGAUAAAGAUCUUAUAGCAGGAUAUGCCAGCGCAAGUCUUGAGAUAUUGGAAGAGAAUGUCAAGCCCGAUAUUGUAUUGGUAUGUUGUGGAGGCGGAGGUCUAGUAUCAGGGGUAGCUACUGGUUUCAAACUUUCAGGACUGAAAGACUGUCGGAUAUACGCUGUUGAGCCCCAAGGGUCACCAACCAUGUAUGAAAGUUAUAAAAAAGGAAGUCCUGUUACAAUGAGAGUUAAAUCGAUAGCUGGAGGUUUAUCACCUCCCUUUGCUGGUACAAAAACUUUCCAACAUUGUAAGAAAUAUGUGAAGGAUGUCAUACUUGUAUCAGAUCAAGAACUUCUGGAUACUAUGCAACAGUUUUAUAAAAGAGGACUUGUGGUGGAGCCAUCAGGUUGUGCAGCAAUGGCGGCUUUGUUAGGGGGACACGUUCCAGAUAUUGAGGGAAAGAAAAUUGUUGUAUUUGUGACAGGGGGGAAUGUAACACCAUCAGAAAUGGUGUCGUUAUAACAGUAAAGAAUAUAUUUGAAUGACAUACGAAAACUCAUUCUACAGCCAAACGUUCAGAAUAAUGUGGGUUAAACUGAACAAUAUAAAGAAAACCCUACGCUGAUUCUAGUGAUACAUGGCAUUAUUAUAUUGUUAAAAGUUUAUUGUUAACCUAUUUUUAUAACGGGCAUUUUAUUAUCUUUUUAUUGAUUUUUGCCAUGCUGUAUUCAUAAUAAAAAAAUAG